AUGCGAUCUUCUACCCGGGAGGACGGGCUAAUGUUCGAUCUUGCUACUGAUAGCCACUCUAUCGCCUUGAUCCGGCAAUUCUGGGAGUCGGCCAAGAUCGUGUCCACCGUCUGCCAUGGUACCGCAGCCAUACUCAACGUCAAGCUGUCAAAUUCGUCAUUCCUUUUAUCCAACACCCCGGUCAAUGGCUUCGCUAACUCAGAAGAGGAUGAAACGAACUCUUCAGGAGGCAAAUAUGAGAAGGCAUCCGCUAACUGGGCUUCGCAUGUGGUCGUGGCGAAGGAUGGCAGAUUGCUGACUGGUCGGAACCCAGAGAGCGCUAAGAAUUUGGCGAAGGUGAUAUUAAACAAGUUGAAUACGUGA